AUGUCUACUUUUUGGAGAUCGCCUCGUCAUUCCCGCAACCUUACGAAAUGCCGUACUAUGCGAACUUCACGAUGGGCACCCAGGAAUGACACGGAUGAAGAUGCUCGCCAGGAAUUUCGUGUACUGGAUGAACAUCAACAACGACAUCGAAGACUUCGUCAGAUCUUGUCGCCGCUGCCAGGAAACUGCGAAGAGCCCUAUCAAAGCAACCCUCUGCUCAUGGCCAAUGGAGGAGAAACCGUGGGAUCGCAUACACAGCACGUAUUUCGCUGGACCGAUGGAGGGGAAGAUGUACCUCAUCAUCGUUGA